AUGGAAAAAUUUGAGUUUAUUACUAUAAUCUUCUUGUUUAUAUGUGCUGAAGCUCAAGAUUCCUCCAAUCAGCAUGAUGUGAAUCCACUUCAUCCAAGGAUGGCAAGGGUUCUUAUUGUUCUCUUAAUUAUGUUCUGCUUAACGUUUUUUAUUGUGGCUUAUGCGAAGUUCUGUCACAGACCAGUGUCUUAUUAUAAGUCGAAUGAUGAACAAGGUCCUCGUGUGCUUCUUGCAUCAGGAUCCCGAUUUUCUGGUAUUGAUCCAUUAGUAAUUGAGUCGCUUCCAUUUUUCCUCUCUCAAGGGAUCGAAAGAAGGCCUAGAAUGUGCAGUGUGCUUAUUAAGAUUUGA